UUUCGGAUUAGCCUUCGUUCUGAAAUGAUCCUGUUGCGCAUUCUGUUGGUAGUAUUCUGUAUCGGAACUACGUUUGCUACGGUUGACCUGAUAUCCGCUGAGAGUUACACUGUAGAGCAGCAUGAAACCGUUACCUCCGAUGGCUACGUACUAACCAUGUUCCGGAUCCCAGGAACACCAGGAAACUCCAGCCGACCAGUUGUGUUUCUUCAGCAUGGCCUACUCUGCUCGUCAACCGACUGGCUCGUACUGGGAGCGGGACAUUCCCUGGCCUACUUAUUUGCGGAUGCCGGAUACGACGUUUGGCUGGGUAACGCUCGUGGUAACACUCACUCGCGACGACACGUAGCGCUAGAUCCCGCGAGGGACGAAACGUUUUGGGACUUUAGCUGGCACCAGAUCGGGCUGUACGAUCUGCCGGCCAUGGUCGAUUACGCGUUGCAGGUAACCGGGGAAUCGGCGCUGCAUUAUGUUGGUCACUCGCAGGGCACUACGGCGUUCUUCGUGAUGACUUCGCUGCGGCCAGAGUACAACGGGAAGAUCCGGUCGAUGCAGGCGCUGGCCCCGGUGGCUUUUAUGGGUCACUUGCAGUCACCGUUUCUGCGGGUUUUGGCGCCGUUUGUCAAUCAGAUCGAGUGGAUUACCGGAAUGCUCGGAGCCAAUGAGUUCCUGCCAAGUAACAAUAUGCUGGCGCUGGGAGGACAAAAGUUCUGCCAGGACACGUCCCCGGUGGUUGAACUCUGUGCCAACACGCUAUUUCUGAUUGGUGGAUUCAAUUCGGCUCAGCUAAACCGGAGUUCGCUCCCGGUCAUCCUGGCAAAUACUCCAGCCGGAGCUUCCGUCAAACAACUGGUCCACUACGCUCACAACAUCAAUUCGGGUAGCUUCCGGCAGUUUGACUACGGUUGGGCCUUUAAUCUGGUCCGGUACGGAUCGAUCCUGCCUCCAAAGUACCCGUUGGAUCGUGUAACGGCGCCGGUACUGUUACAUUACGGAGAAAAUGACUGGCUUGCCGCUAUCAGUGAUGUCCAUCGUUUGGCAAGGGAGCUCGGGAAUCUGGUCGCAAUACUUCCGGUUUCCGACCGGAAGUGGAACCAUCUGGACUUCACUUACGCUGUGGACGCCAAAAUUCUACUCUAUGAGAAAGUCAUCGACAUUGUUGAGCAGUACGAAAACCUAACCUAGAAAUAAAGAAAAAUUUGG